UUUCCUCUCCCCGCCCCACUCUUCCCCGCCGUCCCGCACACAGACUCCCUCUCUCUCCUCCCCCGCCCUCUCUCUCUCAUCCGAUCUGCAUCUGCUUUUCUUCCCCCCUUAUCUCUGUCCCUUCUGGCGUGCGCAAAGAUUUGAUUUUUUUUCUCAAUCGAGGAGGCGGAGCCUGAGGAGUGGUAGUGGUGGGAGAACUUGGGGAGGAAGGAGAUCUUGAUCUGUUGUGGGAGGGGAGAGGUCGAAGAGGAAGAUGGCGGCGCAGGAGCAGGAGCAGGAGAAACAGCAGGCGAAGACGAGCACCACGAGCUCGCUCCCCUCCAGCAGCGAGCGCUCCUCCAGCUCCGCGCCCAACAACCUCAGGGAAGGAGGGGCGGAGAGCGACGAGGAGAUACGGCGGGUGCCGGAGAUGGGCGGCGCGUCGGCGUCGGCCUCGUCGGGCGCGGGCGCGGACGAGCGCCCCAAGGAGGACGGCAAACAGGGGCAGCUGGUGGCGGCCGCGGGGGCGCAGGGGCAGCCGCCGGCGCCGGGGAAGAAGCGCGGGCGCACCGCCGGGGACAAGGAGCAGAACCGGCUCAAGCGGCUGCUCCGGAACCGCGUCUCGGCGCAGCAGGCGCGGGAGCGGAAGAAGGCGUACCUGACGGAGCUGGAGGCCAAGGCCAAGGACCUCGAGCUCCGCAAUGCCGAGCUCGAGCAGCGGGUCUCCACGCUCCAGAACGAGAACAACACGCUCCGCCAGAUUUUGAAGAACACGACGGCGCACGCGAGCAAGAGGAGCGGUGGCGGCGGCGCCGGUGGCGGCAAGGGCGGCGACGGCGGCGGCAAGAAGCACCACUUCACCAAGAGCUGAUGGCGCCGGUUCGUGCUAGGAGCUGUGAACUUUUAUCGCCUGAUCUGACCCCCCACUUUACGGCUGGUACAUUUGCUGGCUUUGUUGCUGUUGCUGAUGACGCUUUUCCCUUCUCGUCUUCUCUUCUUUUUUUUCUACUGUGUCCGUCUGCUUCACUGAUGUAGCUGUACUAUUUUUACCUGCCGGUCCCAUCAACCCGUUGUAGAACUACCAGUAGCAGUUUCUUCUUUGGUAGUAGGGUUCUAGGCGUGUAAUUCUUCCUAGUACUGUCGUGUAAUUCAUCCCUGCAGUUUGGCAAUUCAACCCAAGAAUUUCCAUGCCGGAGUUGAUGAUGGCUUCACUUUUUGGAGAGAGGAAAAAAAAAGGAUCACCCAAAGAGCGCCACCGUGCGCAGAGAAAACGUGAUGACAAUAACACACGCCAAGUAGCAAAAGGUAAGGAUUGGAUACUGGAGCAGGGAACCACCAAAUCAGUGUGGCCUUGUUGGACGAUUUGGUGCUAGAAUCUUCUGCACUUGGAAUCCAGGAUGCUCUUCUUCCCAAGUUGAUUGCAAACGGCAAUGCAUGUUGGGUUAAUUGGCAUGA